AUGCAGCUACGUGCAAUGAGCCUGGCGAAGUCAGAGAAUUUGCCUCUUGAGUUCUUCUGGGUCGGUUACCCGGAGGCUGUCGGGUGUCGGCGCCUGCCCGUUCGGAUGCAAGCUUCGACAGUUGGCUCGGGCAAGCAGGUCUCCGUGCCUGUACUGACUCUCGACAUCAGACGACAAUGUUACAGCUACCUGUCUCAGCAAGUGUCUGCCGAUCGGCCUCACCCGCUUCAACAGCCGGACUGGUGGUACUGCAUGUCAUUGGUGACACCCGCCAGCCCUUCAAUUUAG